AUGGAGGCUACCACCAUAGACGCUUCCUUACCUGCUGAAGUUGGUCAACAACUUAAAAGAGCCCAGCGAAAGAUCGCCGAUCUUCUGGAGGACAUUGGUCGACUUUCAGACAGGCUGCAGAGGAAGGACUCACUCCUGGCCACUUUUAAAUCUCGGCUCCCGGUGUUGUCCAGCUGGCUGGAGAGCACACAGACCAGCGAGCUGCCACAGCAUAGCACUGCCGCUGCACUGAGGGACACCGUCGUAUGGGAGCCUUCCUCCUCCACUUGUCAGUGGCCCUCCAGCUCUACUCCCAACAAAGGGACCCCAUGGUCUGAGGUAGUGGUCCAUAGUCGUAAGAAGGCUCCUGCCGGGGCUCCGUGCGGGGUUUCCUCCUCCAUCGGCAUCCCCCUCUCCAACAAAUAUUCGGCUCUGUCCAUGAUUGUGGAGCCACUGGAGCAGGGCCCUGCUGAUCCCGAGGUCUCCCUGAGGGAUGCUGUGCCUCCGCUGACAGACACCACAGCCUUCCCUCCACUCAUGGUUGCCUGUGCCCCACCGGAUCAACGUCCAGCGCCGUGCCGCCCAGCGCCAUGCCGCUCGCCUCCGUCCCCCCAUCCCUCAGCCCAGCGGAGGCGGCUCCUCAAGGACGCGGUGCGGUGGCACACUGGACGUCCUCAUCCCCGGGCGCCUGACGGGGAGGAUGGGUCCACCGAGCCAGCCGACCCCCUCAGGCAACAGGCCACGACACUUGUCAUCGGGGACUCCAUCAUACAGAACGUCCGUCUGAGGGGAGCAUUCACCCUGUUCUUUCCCGGCGCCACUGUUGCAGACAUUACUGCAAAAAUCCCAAGCGCCCUGAAUUCUCAUCCUCAGGUAAACAGGGUCGUCAUACAUGUGGGCACCAAUGACACCUCCAGACAACAGUCCAAGCUUUUAAAGCAUGAUUUCACACAGCUUUUCAACGAACUCUCACGGCCCCAGCUGCGCGUUUUUAUCUCCGGCCCCACCCCCCUUCAGCAGGCUGCUCAGCCUGAACACCUGGCUCUCAUCAGCCUGCAGUACCCACAAUGUCGGCUUUGUUGA